AUGGAGCCUCUGAUCGCGAGGCCGGGUAGCCCUGCCGGCUGUGAGAAUGGGCGCAUUCGGGCAAGCGGGCACGAGGAGGAAGGACGAAGGGUGAGCAUUAAACUCGUCCCCGAUAUUGUCGGGGUUGUAGAACCCGCCGAGCAGCAGUGGCGAUGCAGCUGCAAGCUGAUUUUUAGAAAGGCCUACCAUGCAGUUGAUCGCUGCUUUGGCUGCGAUACCGCGCGAGAUUACUCUCGCAGAUCAUGGGGCAUAUUCCAUCUAAAUUCCCGAAUUAGACGGCUCUGCACGACUCUCUCGGAGAGUGUGACCAUAAAGUAUUUCCUCAUCGGCUAUGUGUGUGUGAACGAAAUCCUGCAUCUUGAUGCUGAGGCGGCUCACCUACCGCUGCAGAUAUCAGAUCCCCUAGAACUCAUAUUAGUCGCUUUACUUCUCCUCGAGUUCGUCUAUGAUACCAUCGCUCUCGGCCUGUGGAAGGGGCAGCGAUGCUACUUUCGUCAACCCCGUUGUCUGUUCAACUUCUCCGUUUUGGUCGUAGCCAUCAGCGACCUCAUCGUGACGUAUCUUGCUCGCUGCAAUCCGCCACCGGAUUUGCCUCAAGUCUCCUGGUAUACAUCUGAAGUCGCUCUGUUUUUCUCACUGGCCCGCAACUUGCGUGUCUUACGGCUCUUCGAAACCGAGACGUGCAAGCUCGUGUUUAGUAUCUUUCGAAAAUGCCUGGCGAAUCUGCUAGCCUUGGCCGGUCUCGUGUGCAUCUUGGUCUUCUGCUAUCUCAUUGUCUACAGCCACACCUACGGCUACACUCAGUUCAACGUUUGUUACACGAAGAUGACUCGCGAUACACCGACGUUACAGCCACCUCUGAGUGGGUCUGGAGCCGAAGACACCUCGUUGGUAUGCAAGGCGGACAGCGGAUUCUGGGAAUAUGAUGCCAGUCAAGAGCGCCUCUGUCGACCGGAUUUGCCCUGCCGCGAAGGCACAGAAUGCCGAAAUAUCUUUCUCUUGCCGAGGGACUCGAAGCUGUGCACGUCUCCAGAGCUCUACGAGCUUGAGCUGAAGGGAUGGCGUGCGAUGUAUGACACACCCCUCGGCGAUUGGGGAUUGACUGGCUUCCAUGACACAUUCUCAGCCCUCGUAAGCUUUCUUCAAUGCGUAAAUCUCGAAGGAUGGACGGAGGUCAUGUACCGUCUCGCGGAUGGGGACAGCACAUACCGAGGCGUGCUUAUCUACCUUCUCCAUCAUUCGGUAGUCAUCCUCGGAAAUUUGUUUUUGAUGAACGUCGUGGUCGCCAUCAUGUGGGAGAGUACCGUGCUGGAAACCAGCAGAUCGCGAGCGACUGACGCGAAAAAAGAGGACCUCCAGAUGUUUGAGAUCUUGGGAGUGGAAUGGAUCAUGGAUCCGCUUCCUCCUGCAAAAGACGCCGUCCUGAUUAUUCUGUUGAACUCAGGGGACCGCGCAGACACUUACGGCUUUGUCAACUGCAUAUUUUUCGUGUGCUACUGUGUGGACGUUGUACUGCAGUUGAUCGCUUGCGGCUGCCGAGAAUUUCUCCGCGACGGGUUUAAGGUCUUUGACCUUGGCCUGGCCAUCGUUGGUGGAGUCGAGGUGGUCUUCAGUCUCGCGAUCUGCGGGAGCUUUUCCAGCUGCUCAGACGCCGCCAUUCGCGGCAGGAGCCCAGGCGUGAAGGCGACAGCCCUCGUUUUGAGUGUGCUUCACAGUCUCCGCCUCUUUAAACUGGUACGAAACUUCCCCGCGCUGAGGCUGCUCGUGGAAGUCACGGCCGAUUUGGUCAGAAACAUAUUCUUCUUCUACGCUCUGCUGAUCUUCCAAGUCUACGUCUUCGCCACAUUCGGCUUUGCCCUCUUCUUCGACCCCAACUACGGCAGCUACGGCUGGCCGCUCACUGUAACGAAGUACUGCAACUUCGAAUCGAUAUGGCAAGCGCUGCUCCUUGUCUUUGGUUUGCUGACUGGAGAAAGCUGGCAUGUGACGAUGCAGGAGUUGUAUAGCGUGUAUAUGGGUCGCUUUCCAGGCGCGCCAGGCAGUGCAGUCUCCUCUAACGUCGCGCUCGCGAGCCGCGGCAACGUCUACAUCAUCUCAGUCUACAUCUUCUUCGCCGUCGUGACGCUGUGCUGUUUCUUCUACAACGUAUUUGAGGCCGUCCUCAUCGGCCAGUACGUGACCGCGCGCAAAGUGGUGUUCAAUUCACACAUUUUCCGGUUCAUCAAACUCUGCCGAGAACUCGGCGUCGAGAUGCCGACGCGCGCAGCGAUAGACACAAGCAACUUGCAGAGAAUGUAUUCUCUCGCCUCGCCCAAAAUAGUCGGCCGAAGAAAAGCCUGGCGCGCGCUGAGUGAGUUCCUCCGCCCCCGAUCGCUGCCCAACCAAGAGGCGCCCACUUUUUCAAACACCAGCUCGGGCGCCGCGUGGAUGCUCCAGAGACUCACGCAGUCCAUCUCCAGGGCCUCGACGCUGCGGCGCCGCAGCCAGAGGGCCUCCGCCAACGGAAGCAGGCCGCCGGAAAGGAGGCCAGGCGGCCUGAGGUUUCGCAGAGACAAGCAACGCGCUGUCGCAGCUCACGCGGUUUCUUUCUGGCGCAGGGGCAGACGGCGUGAAUCCAAGCGAGGGCCUGCAACAGAGAGCGAGAGGCCGUCGCCUGGCCAGACACGGCCGAGCGACGCAACGGGUGGUGUUCUGAGUGGAGACUGCUGUCAGGCUCAGCCUACCGCCCUCCGUUAUCCUGCUGGAGGCCUCUGCGGCAGACAGAGGAACCAUGGCGCCGACGACGUCGAAGGACUGUGGGCGGUCAAUCCCGGCUCCGAUACCCACCUCGCAAGCACCCGCCCCGACGACGCGGCUCUCUCAGUUCACUCUGCCACCGAUGCCGCUGGGGACGGCGCCGUGGACGGGCCUGAAGGGCCCCUGUCCCUCGGCGAGUCCGUCUGCUACCUCUUCACGCUUACGCUGAUAUGUUGCUACGACGCGGUCGCUCGGCUGGUAUCCUCGCCUUUCAAGUGGCUGAACGAGCGAAUCGUGUCCUACGACAUCGACCGCCCUGACGCGAUCGUGGACUUCAUCCGCUUCAUCCUCAUGGAGGAAGGCCUCGAGGAUGCGUCAACGGCGAGUGCCUUGCCGGCUCCCGGCGUGCGCCGAAAGCGCGAACAAAGCUCGGUGGGGGGGGGGGAUCUCGGCAGCCAGUCGACUCCCACCGCGAGCCUCGCCUUUUUGCGGGGCGGGCCUGUGGCUACGCUUCUCAGGCGCCUGACGAGCGCAACAGCGUACGGCUGGGCGCUGGCCGCGCUUGAAGUCGUUUCGCUGCUUUGUCUGGUUGUCGAGUGCAUGCUGACCGACAACGAACAGGCGCGGAACGUCUUUGGAGUGCUGGAGUGGAUUUUUGCCUUUCUCUUUCUUGCUGAGUCCCUCCUCAGGGUUGGCGCGUACGGCUGGUGUCGAGGCGGAUGCCUCGCACUGGGCUCCGGCGCCUCGCGCGCCGGGUUUCUGGUCUCCCUCGUGUCGUGUGUGCUCCUGCUGAUCAACCAGACGCUCUUUGCUGCCGAUUGGCGUAGUUACGCCUGCCGCUUCGUCUGGCAGCUUCCCCUCUUUCGCCUCGUCAAAGUUUUGCGUUCGUUUCGCUCGUUUCACUUGUUUUCGCUUGUCCAGAUGGAGGGCGUCCGCAUCGUGGUCCGCUCGCUUCUGGCUUGCACACGAAGUCUCGUGCUUCUCUCGGCCUUCUUGAGCCUGGUCUUUGUCAUGUUUGCGCUCAUUUUCUCUCGGAUCAUGCGCGUCGGCUACGUGCCGCCGGACAACCCCAACGAGGUCCUGUAUACGUUCCAGACUUUCUUUGAAGCCUCGAUAGGCGUCUUCGUCCUCGCCACCAACGAGGGCUGGCCGCUGCUGCUCUCCAGGCUCCUCGACCGCAAUCCCACCCAGCAAGUCGCUCUGUCGGUUCUCGUCUUCCUCUUCAUCUCGGCAGUCUCGAUCUUCGGGGUCAAGAUGUGCGUGGGCAUCAUCGUUGACGCGUCCCGGAGGAAGAAGGCUCGCAUGGAGAUGGAAGGAAGUCUGCUCAGCGCGACGGUACACAAGUGGAUUGAAAUUCAGGAGCUCCUCUUCAACUCGGCGCUCCAGCACGGCGACACCAUGCCAGACUUCACCGGGGUCGACAGCAAACGGCUCGCGAUGGCAAGGAAGAAAGCUGCUGCACUGAUAACAAGCGGAUGCUUCAGAAUGGCCGUUGCCGUCCAUACGUGCCUGUGCUGUCUCCUUCUUUUCUUCUACGGCCCGUGGUACGACAUGACACUCGGGCCCCAUCGGCAGGGCCGACGACUUGAGCUCCACAUCGCCAUUGUGUGUCUUUCUGCUUUCUUUUUCAUCGAAAUCGGUACGAGAAUCUUUGCUCGCGGCCGUCUGUUUUUUCGCGAGGCGUUGGACAUCCUCGACGUUGUUCUUUGCUGCCUGCUCGCUGGGACCUUUGGCGCUGGCGUCGUUUUGUGGAUGGGGUGGGUCUGGCGCGUGGACGCACUGACCUCCUGGCUCCUAAGUUUACGCCUCUUCCGGAUCGCGCGCUUCCUAUACCGCCAGAUGCCCUUUUUCCAGACGUUGUUUACAACGAUCUCGCGAGUUAUGAAGAGCUUCCUCAGCGUGCUUACGCUUCUGGGCCUCUCGAUUUUCUUCUUCGCCAUCUGGGGGGUCGUCCUCUUCAGCGGCGCCCCAGUAGAAACGUACUUCAAUCGCCACGCAAACUUCAAAAUGCUGCCGAGGGCCGUGAUGGCGCUGAUAGGCAGCUGCACUGGCGAGGACUGGCACAUGAUUCUUCAGCAGCUGCGGAUGCACUACACCGCGACAGACCAGAAACUACUCCGCGUGACAGUUGUGGUCUUCUUCAUUUCCUUCAUCGUCCUCGUUUUUUUCAUCCUCAUGGAUCUCUUCACCACCGCUGUCCUCGACGAAUACAUGGACACAGUGAAGGACGAGAACUUGUGGAAGAUUUCGUGUCAGAAACGCGUCUUGAUUGAACGCUGGAACCCCAAGAACGAGCUCAGCACGAACUACAAAAGCCUCACUGACAUGAUCGCCCUCCUGAGGACGAUCGACCAGCCAAUGGGCAUAAAGCACCGUUUUCACCCCGAUGAGAAACGGCAGAAAGUGCUCAAGUACAUCGCCAAAUACGGCCUUCCAGUCUACGCUGGGGCGCGAGUCCAUCUUCGGGACGUGGUUCUCAACUGCGCCAAGCGAGCGUGCGAAUUCCACGCCAUGAGUCACGGCGUCAUGGACAUGCAGGACGGCCAGGUCGAGCUGAAUCCGCGCCUCAUCAGCAGUUGGAUGGGGAAGUUUCCCGAGCUUGCCCACGUGGAGACCAGGUACGACCUUCGCCACCACUUGGCCGCGGAGACGCUCCAGAGCUGGUUCCGAAGACAGCGCAUGCGACUCCACGGAAAGCUCGCGAACCCAGAGUGGUGCGCCGCUCGGUUUGUGUCUUUCGCGAUGGAGAGUCGAACGGCCCACCUCCGCCGGCCGAGCGGCCGCGCAGGGCACCGCGCAAGCCAGAUCGAUCGUAGAUACAGUGGGGUCGCGAGGCGGCGCAGUUGGCGGCGGUCUCGAGUGGACUCUGCAGCUGGAAGCUCGCAGCUCUCUGCGACAGCGUCUGGCGGCAGCUCGGAAGCCCUGCCGCAGCCAGAGAGACUUCAUCUUAGGGGGGCAGGCGGGUCAGACCAGGUCAGAAUGAGCUUGCCAGAGUCCAUUUCGACGCGUGGAAGCGUUCCCGGGUCGAGCUCCAACAGCCGCCGGGGAAGCAUCAUGACAGGCACCGACGUUGACCUCGCGCCCCGCGUCCUCUUCGAGUCCUGCAUGCUGGUACCUGAGGGCACGACCACAAAGGAAACCAGCUCGAGAGAACGUCUCAGCGCACGCUCUGCCAGUCGAAGCGAUAGUCUGCCGCAAGUUGCGUCAGUGGAGAACUCCCCUAGUGACGGCCCCCUCACAUCAUGCAUCACUACCCACCUUUCACAGACGGAAGAUCCCUGA